AUGUCCAAAAUUACAAAAGCCCCUCGUUACCAAUGCUGUACUUGCAAGUCGACCCCUAAUAACAGUCGAACAUAUAAAAGAUGUCUCAAACGAUGCAUGACAAAUAGGGCAGAAUUACUUGCCAAUGGCGAAGUUUCCCAAACUGUCUCUCUUCCUGAUCAAAGCCAGUUUACAUCAGCAAUGGUUCCUAACUUGGCUUUUGAAGAAAACAUCAACACAAGCAAUAGUGAGGAUAUGGAUAUCAUUGACAGUACUGAAGAUGAUGAGUCCAUGUACGAUUUUGGAGAAGAAUGCGAGAAUGUCAUUGACGAAAUUGAAGGCACCACACCCUCGCUAGUUUUUGAUUUUAGCCAGCCUCUUCCUGUUCCCAGCAACGAUGAUAAAAAGAAUCUCACCCCACACCUUGGAAACAAGCUUCUUGAGCGCUUCUUGAGUAUCAAAGCAGACGGAUACGACAUUUGCAUCAGAGGUUGUAUGCAGUUCAACAACGAGAAUGAUAUUGCAUGCGUAAAAUGCGGUGAAGCAAGAUACAAAAAUGGCCAAACUAGCGAAAGUGACACCAGGGUUCCUUACUUCCGCAUGUUGCCUGGAACCCAGACGCGCUCACUGGAGAGUUUCAGAAACUACAAUCUGGCAAGCAGUGAAGACAGAAAGGGGCUCAAUGGUCAGUCACCGUUAGCCUCAAUGGAAACAUUCUCUGGCCCGUUUUUUUUUGCGUUAGAUGAGAUGCAUGGUCUGUGCCACGGAAUCGGUAAACAGGUAUGGGGACUUGUACGCAGAAAGUAUGGAAUCAAGCAUCCUCUAUGUCUUUCUCUUGCCACUCAAAGGGAGAUUGGUACUGCAAUGGUAGCCGCAAAAUCCACAAUCCCUACAUCGUUGCAUAGUGCCUGGAGAUAUGUGACAAAGAAUGCCGAUUUCUUUAGAGCUGUGGAUUGGGCAGACUUUUUACUCUUUGUUGUCCCCACGUUGGUUGCAGAGCAUGUCCAAGGCUUGGUUGCCCGAAAGGCAUUACUUGGCCUGGUUCAAACAUGCAAUUUACUCAUGAGCUGGGAGUUAUCAGCAGAGAAUCAAACCUCGAUAAGAAGUAAUCUUGUAGAAUGGAACUUAUUCUUAGAGAGUCUUCUUUCUACAGCAGAUAUUGACAUUGGCGUGUUCACAAUUAACCAGCACAUUAUUCAGCAUUAUCCUCAAAUGAUUGAUCUAUAUGGCCUGCCAAGAGCAUAUAGCACACGAUCCGUAGAAAGAGCCAUUGGUGAGUACUCCAGGUCCAUCAAGAGUAACUCCCAAGUCAGUGUCAAUGCUGGAAGCAUCAUGAUCAGACUGGCGCAAUCCCAACGUGUAGCAGAACUGACAACCAUUGCAAACACAAAAACUCCACCAGCUAACCUUCUAGUUUACAGUGCAUAUACCAAUAGGUGGCCUGUUACAGAAGGAGGUGAUCCUGCCAAUGCUGAGUGUGAGAUUGAGUUCUGGGGGCCUUUGAAGAAUUUAUCAAUUUUCGAUAGCUUUGAAGAUAGAUCUCAUCUUUCAUUGCUUCUUAAAACGUUUUAUGAUUUGAAGGGGGAAGAAUGUAGUAUGCUUGAGCCUUCCAUAAAGACAAGCUGCAAGGUCUAUCUUAAUGGUUGUGUUAUUGACGCUGCAUUCAACCAAAUAAAGCCGAAGACUAUAGUGAUUCAUGCCAGUGACAUUGUAGAGUUUGUUGGCUUGGUGUCAUCAAAUGUCAAUGGUAGCCAUUACAUCAUUUGGCCUAGCCUUAAACGUGGCCCAAAAUUGACACUUGGUGCCUUAAGUGAUAUAUAA